AUGGCCACCCUGGAUGGGGGAGGAAACGAUUCAAAGCCUCGCCACCCUUGGUAUAGGGAAAGGCUGCAAAGAAAGUUUCUCAAAGAAACCAACCAAAAACUAAACUUAUCUGGUGCCCUUAACUGCCGAAAAUGGAAAUUCUUGCCAAAAGGAAUCGAUGAUUUCCGAGACGGCUAUCCUGCUUCCUCUGACGCUUCAAAUGUUCUGCCCUCAGGUGUACAUCUUCCCAUCCUGCAGAAUGCAGAACAUGACUCAAAACCUGCCCAGAAGCCUAAAAAGUUCACCGUGGAGCAGUCCUGUUACUCAAAACACCUCCCAAUGCAGCAGGCACGCCGAGAAUACAUUGCUGAGAUAGAAUAUGGCCUUACACAGCACCCACUGGUUCUUUACCCUCACUUAGAAGAAGGCAUACUACCUGAACUGUUUGAAGACAUAGUGGAGAUUCUUGACCCUGAAAUGAGAUUAAAGAGUCCAUCAGAUUCUUAUGAAGCUAUUCCUGAGGAUCAGGAGGUCAACAUCAUUACUCCAGCAAGAGAACAGCAGGAAACACAAAGUGAAAAAUCACGUGAAACCAGCACAAGACUGUCAACUAUGAGUGAACAGUCUAGGCUGAAAAAUCCAUAUACUUGGAUUGUCAAGCAAGAGGAGCCUGUAAAGGAGGAGAAAAGAUCUAAGAAUCCAAGGCCACUGACACCAGCACUAGAUGAAAGUGUCAAGCACGUGACUAAGGACUUCUGUGACUGGGUGACAUCUUUGGGAGGAGAAAACUGCAAUGUCAAUGAAGCGACAAUCUUCAGCCUUUUUGCCAGUGGAUAUGACACCAAACCUACCCUUAGUGUCCCGAUCCAUGUUGUAGAGCUGAACAAUGUACCUGCAGAAUUAAGAAUGUCUGUGGGUGUCUCGCCUCGACAAGAUAUUACAAAGACAUCACCCACAAGGAUAAGAGAGUUUAGGGAAACCACAUACAACCCAAGCUGGGUAAAAUCUAGAUAUGGAGCUUGGUACUUGGAUCCUAAAACGUGGAAGGAACAUAAAGCCAAUGAACCAUUAAAAGACCCAGCAAUGGAAAAUAAUGAAAAUGGCAUUCACUCAAAUACCAAACUCAGCCAAAAGGAUGAAGAAUUGUUGCAGCUUCAUGGAACUACUGCCUUUAAAGAUUUUAUUGAGAAAAAAGGGUACAGAAAACCAGAGUUUCUGAGCAAAAUAUUAUAUAAGAAAGAUGCCGUGUUUUCCGAAAGAGAAAUCCCAACAGAAUCCAGAGAUAUAUCUACUGCAGGGAACACUUGGUACCGGACUGGCUCAGCAUCCACCCAUGAAGAAAGCAUAAUAAACUGA